UCAUAUAUAAAUCAAACUAACAAACAACGUAGCUGAAUCACGUUGAAGUUUGGUGGUUCUGAAUUUUCUAGAAAACUGAGUGUGAGUUUUGUGGUAGUUCAAUUGAAUGGGUUGCUAUUGUUCAACUUCAAAUUCAAAGAAAGUUAAAACGCCAGGUUAUGAAGAUCCAACCGUUCUUGCUUCCGAGACACCUUGUGAGUAUCCAUCCUCAUUAACUGUUACGGUGAGUGAAGUAGAUGCAUUGUAUGAACUCUAUUUGAAGCUAAGCAAUUCAAUUAUUCAAGAUGGUCUUAUUCAUAAGGAAGAAUUUCAGCUAGCACUGUUCAGAAAUGAAAACCAAAAGAAUCUGUUUGCUGACAGGAUUUUUGACUUAUUUGAUGUAAAGCGCAACGGAGUUAUCGAGUUUGGCGAAUUCGUUAGAUCUCUUGGUGUUUUUCAUCCAAACGCACCUUUAGAAGACAAAAUUGCAUUUGCUUUUAGGUUGUAUGAUUUGAGACAAACAGGGUACAUUGAAAGAGAGGAGUUAAAGGAAAUGGUAUUGGCACUUUUGAAUGAAUCAGAUCUUUUUCUUUCAGAUGAGAUGAUAGAAUCGAUUGUGGAUAAGACAUUUAAAGAUGCUGAUACAAAAGAUGAUGGAAGAAUCGAUCAAGAUGAAUGGAAAGCUUUUGUUUCUCAACAUCCUUCUUUGAUUAAGAACAUGACUCUCCCAUAUCUAAAGGAUAUUACUAUGGCAUUCCCCAGUUUUAUUGCAAGAACAGAAGUUGAAGACUCAGAGCUGUGAGUAAUUGAGGAGUUUUCAUGCUUAUUCACUUGUGAAUUGUUAUUUCUAGUGCACUUUUACAUAUUUCUGUAUAUAUCUAUAUACACAGAGGAGAGACAGUAUAUAUUGGAGCAAGUAAUGUAAGUAUGGUUAUUAUGAUUAAUGUUUAAUAUGGUAAAGGACUAAUAGCAGUGCUUUCACAAGAAAUAGAAAAGUUUAGAGGAAAAUGACUCUUUGAGUGAUUAAGAUGGAAGAGAAAAAAGGAGAGAAAAACAAAGAAAGUAGAAAAAAGUAGAAAAUGAAAUGGCAAGAUUAUAAAAAGAGAUAGAGGUGUGAAUUCAUGAUUCCGGAUUGUAAAGGUCUUUUCUGUAAAGAGAGAAGGAUUGGUGGGGCCAAUUUUGUAAUGGUGAUGUUUAUAAAGGUGUCUACUUGUAGUGAAAUGGUUAGUUGUGAGCAGAUAUUUAAACAGUUUAUACAAAAUUAUGUGUUUAAACUUUGUUGCUACGUACGUAAUACACAAAAAGGGAUUCUGCUUCUGUUAGCUGUGUGUGGCGUAUAGAGUUUUGGUAAAGAGUCCAGGAGACAUGUUUAAUGUGCGAAAAGGACAUGCUUUAUUUUUUUGUUGCUUUGGAGAUCGCUUAGCCACACACCAUUGGUUGGUUUAGAAUAAGAUUGGCUGCUGUUACUUACUUCUCAUACACUAAUGGAUCUAAAAAAAAUAAUCAGUUCAUUCGGUUUGGAUCGAUUUUUAUUAGAGUGUAAAGUGCUCUACACUAUCAUUCAUUCGACAAUGUGAGUACAUUUUUAGUUACAGAAACAAUUGCGCCGCAUCAACUAUAUACUUCAGUGGUUCUUAUCUACACAACUCUAUCUAAUGGAACAAUAAGAUAUUAUCUAGCUAAAGUCCAUUACAGAUUGAAAGCCCAAUUACACUAAGGUCCAAGACUGAAGUGUACACUAAUACUCCCCCUCAAGAUCAUGGUGGUGGCAAUGACAUGACUUUGAGCUUGCUCCUUAAAUCCUGAAAAGCUGUAUUAGGAAAAGGCUUAGUCAUAAUGUCAGCUAACUGUUGUGACUGGAACAUGUGGAAAGCUUAUUUGCCAUGACCCUCUCUCUCUCUCUCUCUCUCUCUCUCUCUCUCUCUCUCUCUCUCUCUCUCUCUCUCUCUCUCUCUCUCUGACAAAGUGUAUAUCAAGCUCUAUAUGUUUGGUUCGAGCAUGUAUAAUUGGGUUGUGUGACAGGAGCACUGCACGGUUGUCACAAAGGAGGGUAGGAGAAUGACAUCUGACUUUUAACUAAGCCAGAAGAUUGCAGCCAGAGUAGCUCAGCUGUUGUAUGUGCUAAAGCUCUGUAUUCUACUUUUGCACUUGAUCUGGCUACAAGGGUUUGCUUCUUUGAGCUCCAAGAAAUCAGGUUUAGACCAAUGAAGAUGUAAGUUCCAGAAGUGGAUCUUCUAUCAUCUGGAUCAUUUGACCAAUCUGAAUCACUAUAGACCCUAAUUGAAAGUUCCUGAUUUAGAUUAGCAGGUGAUAAUAUUACACCAUAUGUUGCAGUACCACUAAGAUACCUUAGUAUCCUUUUAACCAUACUCUAAUGGCUAUCAAGGGGAUUAGCCAUGAACUGACAGGCUUUAUUCACACAAUAGGCUAUGUUAGGUCUAGUGAGUGUGAUGUACUGCAGAGCACCUACAACAGAUCUAUAUAACAAAGGAUCCUGCAUAGUAUCUGUACAAAACUUGUUGAGUUUACAUUGACUGAACAUUGGGGCUGCAACACCAUUAGAUGUUUCCAUGUUGACCUUGCUGAGCAGGUCCCUUAUAUAUUUUGUUUGUGUAAGAAUGAGAGAGCCAUUAAGUUGAUACUUAACUUCAAGACCAAGAAAGUAUUCAAGCUUCCCAUGUUUCUUGUGAGCAAAUUGAUCAUGAAGCAUGGAUAUUAGCUUGUGUAUCAAAUGAGAAGAGGAACCUAUGAUUAAUAUGUCAUCCACAUAUACUUGAACACAUAAAGUGAUAUCUUGAUGGUUGUAAGUAAACAAAUAAUAAUCACCUCUGCUUACUAUGAAGCCAAAUUAAAAUAGUGUCUUGUGAAGCUUUUCAUACCAGGAUUAAGGUGCCUGCUUUAGCCCAUAUAAAUCCCUGUUCAGCUUGCAAACAAGAGAUUUGUUUUCAUUUUCAAAGUCUCAUGGUUGCAUCAUGUAAACUUCUUUUUCAAGGUUUCCAUUUAGAAAAGCAUUAUUGAUGUCUAUUUGUUGGACAUUCCAUUUAUAUGUCAAGACCAGAGUUAGAAGAACUUUCAUGGUGGAUGGUUUGACAAUAGGUGAGAAGGUUUCAUGAUAGUCAAACCCAUACUAUUGAUUGAAGCUUUUUGCGACAAGCCUUGCUUUAUACUUGUUGAGUGUGCCAUCCGAAUUUUCUUUGAUUAUAAAUACCCACUUGCAACCUAUGGAUUUUCUGUGGGAUGGGAGAGAAGUAAGUGUCCAAGUGUUUUUUGAAAGAAGGGUGUCGUACUCUUGUUUCAUAGCUUCAAACCAGUGAGGUUGAGAUAAGACCUGUUUAAUUGUGGUUGGUUCAGUAUGAGCUAAGAACACCUCAGGCUUUAGAUGACCUGUUUUGCAUGUGGUUACCAUAUAAUGAUUAUUUGUUACUAAGUGUGUUUCAAGAAUAGUAUUACGAAUAGAUGGAGAUAAGGAAGGUUCAGAAGAAGGAGAAAUUGGGGGAUUGGAUGAUGCUCAGGGGCAAAAAGUUGCUCAAAGCUACUUUGUCAUGUUGUGUUCCCAUACUCAGGUUAUGGGGAAAGAUUAUUAUGGUCAUUGGUUAUAUCCAAUAGAUGUUGAUCAGACUCAGACAAGAAAUGUUGGGUAUCAUUAGGUGUAGUGUUAUUAAUGAUGGUGAGCUGUCUUGUAGGAUUUUCAGUAUGAUUAAUAGGUGACACUGGUUGGAUAGAAUUGAUAUCAGUAGUCUGUAUGCUCUCAUUGCUAGAGCCACGUCCUGGGUUAUUGUGAGAGUGUAGCAGUCUAGGUGCAGGGAGGGAUUUAGUAGUCCUGAUUGAGUCAGUUUGAACAUUGCUACCAAUAAUACCAAAAUGAGGAAACAUAGUUUCAUUAAAAACAACAUCUUUGGAUAUGUAUAUUUUGUCUUCCUUACUCAAACAUUUGUGGCCUUUGUGAUGAGGGCAUAUUCCUAGAUAUGUGCACUCAGAACUUCUAAGCUGCAGCUUAUUUUUAUUGAAUGGUCUGAGGUGUGGAAAACAUGAGCACCCAAAAGUUCUAAGACUUUUGUAGUCAGAUAUUUGAUUGAAUAAAUCAUGAUAAGGGGAAGUGAACUUAGGAAAGGUAGAAAUGUGCAGUCUAUUUAGGAGGUAGACAACUAAAGUGAAGCUAUGGUCCUUAAACUCAAUAGGAAGACUAGCAUGAGCUAAAAGAGUGAGUCCCAUUUCUACUAUACUCAUAUGUUUUCUCUCCACAAUCCUAUGUUGAUGAGAAGUGUGAGGACAUGUUAACCUGUGCACUAUACCCAAGUCAUUCAAAUAUUUAGUGAAUGGUCUAAAUUCACCCCUAAAAUCAGACUGUACAGAUUUGAUUGUGACUUUGAACUGAGUUUGGACAUACACCAGGAAUUAUUUUAAAAUGCAUAAGGCUUCAGAUUUAUGUUCUAGGAAGUAUAACCAGGUGUACUUGGUAUAAGUAUGAACAAUAGCUAUAUAAUAGGAAUAUUCCUGACUAGAGGGCCUAGGAGAAGGACCCCACAAGUCAACAUGAAUAAGUUCAAAGGGAGUAGUGUAACUAGUUUGAGAUAAAGGGGCAUGUAACCUAUGAGAUUUACCAACACUACAUGAGUUUCAGAAUUCAAUGCACUUUUUAUUUGGUAAUGACAUGUUACCAAAUUUCAAUACAGAUUUAAGGGUAACUACGUUAAUAUGACCCAGUCUAUUAUGCCAAAGAGAAAACUUAUUAGAACAAUUACUUGAAAAUUGUGUAAACUGGUCUUUGGAAGAUACACUAAUAGUGUUAACAACAGAGUGAUGUGUAGAUUCCACUGACAGAGUUGAAAAACAAUAUAGUCCACUAGUAUCCAAGAAUCCUUAUAAAAGAACCUCCUUAGACACCUGAGAUUUGACAAAGCAAUAAUCAGAAUGAAACUAAUUUUAGAUGAUAAGUGAGAGUAAAUAAGGUGCAACGGAAUAAUAUAGGAGAUAAGACAUGGAGAAAUAAGCAAUGGAAAUAAAUUAAAGAAGGAAAAUGCUUAUUAGUAAGAAAGUAUGAAAGCAAGAAAGGCAAGAAUUAAAUCUCAACCACUCAUUACUACCACCACCCCAUGAUCCCUAUUAAAAAAGAAAUUAAAUUUAAAAUCAAUUUAAAAUUAUCCUCUAAAACAAUGACAAGUGUUCAUUCUUGCAUUUCUUAUUCAAAUCAUUCUUACUAUAUAGCAUUACUCAUUAAAGAAUAGAAAAUUAAAGGAUAAAGGAUAGAAAGAUCGUACUAGAGAAUUAUCUGAGUUUGACCUAACUAAUUUGACCUACCCCGGUCCGCAUGAGCUUCCCCUUAAUAUUUCUACUAAAACAAUUUUGAGCUUUUCGCAAGAUCAGCCCAAACAACCUUUCACAACAACUUGAGCUUUUACAUAGGACCAUCCAAAAAAACCUUAUAACAAAACCUAGAUUUUAGACCAACUUAAAUAUAAAAAAAAACUUUACUCAAACUUUUUUUCAGGUUUAGAUUGCAACCUUCAAAUAAAAUACAAAUAUGUCAAAAAGACCAACACUCUUCAAUAAGCACUUUAUGCACAUAAAAUACAAAUAUAUACAAGAAACUAACACUCUUCAAUAAGCACUUUCAGCACAUCACCAGCAUUGGUGGA